ACCAAGAAGAAGAAGAAGAAGAAGAAGAAGGAGCAGCAGCAGCAGCAGCAGCAUCGGGGUGGAUCUGGGUUUUGUUUGUUGCCGUUAAAUCGUUGAACCUGAGGACUUGUUGGAGACUGAUCUGGGACCAUGCUGAGAUCCUGUGUCAGGGGACUCAAAGUUCGGAACCUGAAUGGGAGAGGUUCCCUUACCAAUAUGCAACAGCGCCGGCGCUACACAGCAGGAGAAUCCAGUACAUCUGCCAAAAUAUUUGCAGUUGGCUUGGUGACCGUUGGUGGUGGCCUUGGAGGUACAAUACUGUACUCCAAAUGGGACCCGAAGUUCCGAACAGCAGUGGAAAAGAAUAUUCCCUAUGCGGAAUGGCUACUCAGUGCGGCUUUGGGACCCAAACCCACAGACGGCAGCUUCUCCGUCAAGAAACAGUUACCCUCUUUGAUGGAAAAGCAACUAAAGGAAUCCAAAUCCUCAUCACAGAAAAAGGACUCUGAGGCGGCACAGAGUCCAGUUAAAGAUGUGGGUCUUGACCCAGCACAGCCCCUCCAAAGCAUAGAGGAGGCGUCGGCAGAGGUGGGUCAUAUUAUCUCAUCCAUCAGUGAGGUCCAGUCCGUUCCUGCGCCAUGUGAUACAGCGGCAGCUCCAGUCCAAGAAGGGUGCACUGAGUGCCAGGACCAUAAAGAUCCUACAGCUACGGCACUGGAACACUCCGCCACGGCGUCAGAACCUUUAAAAGAACGUCCAGUUGAAGAAGUGACAGCUCGACUGGCUCAACAAGACCUGGCUGAACAGGAAGUUGUGGAAUCCGUGUCAGCCAGACUGGAGGACUCACUGGCCUUAUCAGCUGAAGCCAUUUUACAGGCUAUUGGUGCUCAGGAGGCGGUGCUGCAAGCUGUCACACAACACACCCUCAAACUGAAGGAGGCCAUGGAAGGAGAGGUCCCACCUGAGGAGAAGUCAGUCCAGUGGAAGGAUCUGGAAGCUGCUGCUACUGAUAGGACUUUUGCCAUAAAAAAUGCUGAAGCUGCUCUCUGCAAAGCAAAUGAAGCCUUGAAUGGACUAAAGUCUGUCAUAAACAAAUCUAAAGGCUUGAAGAUUGCUGCUGUCCAACCACUAGUUUUAGCAGCUGAAGAAAAUCUCCACAGCAUGACUGUGGACUUGGACAGAGCGGCCACUAAGGUGCAGUCUGCAGAGACAGAAUCCAGGAUCUUCUCCCAGUACAGUGAGCUGGUGAACGAAGCCAAAAAACAGUUCCAGCAGGAAGUGAGCAGUCUGACUCCAGAGAUCCAAAGCAACUGGAAGAGACUCACUGGCAAGCUGUCGGCGGAUGACCUGAACGCCCUGAUCGCGCACGCUCACUGUCGCAUUGAGCAGCUGAACCAGGAGCUGGCGGAGCAGCGGGUCAGAGAGCAGGUCCACAUAGACUCGGCACUGCGACAGCAGAAGGUGGAGCAUCAGAAAGCUCUGGAGAGGUCCGUGAACACCACCCUGCUGCAUGCCAAGGAGGAGGCCCGACUGGAACAAGAGCGCAAGCUGUCCGAGUUGAGAGAAGUGAUGGAGGCAGAAAUGAGAACUCAGCUCCGGCGUCAAGCAGCUGCUCACACAGACCAUGUUACAGAUGUGCUCAGAGUCCAGGAACAGGAACUGCGAGCUGAGGCUGAACAGGUCCUGACGAGUAAGCUGUUUGAUCAGGAGACCCACUUCCAUCAGAUGAGCCAGGAACAUGUGGAUAAUUUCACUCUGGAUAUGAACGCUGCCUACGCAAGACUGAAGGGGAUGGAAGAGGCUAUCGACAGUCAUGUGAUCGCGGAGGAGGAGGCCUGCAAAGCUCACCAGCUCUGGCUGUCUGUGGAGGCUCUCAGCUACACCUUACAGUCCGCCGACAUGGAUUCGCUCACCGUCCCUCUUGCUAAUGCUGCUCAGGCUGUGCGGGACAGUUGCCAUGACGAAUUUGCCCUGGCUCUGGCUUCAGCUCUUCCAGAAGAAUCUCUGCAGCGUGGGGUGUACAGUGAAGCCUCGCUCCGUUCCCGCUUCAACUCUCUGCGCUCGCUGGUCCGCCGGGUCAGCCUUAUCGAUGAAUCUCACAACUCCUUGUACCAGUAUUUCCUGUCUUGUCAGGCUGCUCUGCUGUUUGAGGAGAAACAGGAAGCACCGCCUGCCCAACUCAGACGGGAAGAUUUAGACACCUUUAAGCUUCUUUCGUAUGCCAGCUACUGUUUGGAGCACGGCGACCUGGAGUUAGCCGCUAAAUUGGUUAAUCAGUUGAGAGGGGAAGCUAGGAGAGUGGUGGAGGACUGGCUGACUGAAGUCAGGCUGACGCUCGAAACCAGGCAGGCAGUCAGCCUGCUCUCUGCUUAUGCAAAUGCUGUGGGCCUAGGAACUACCCAGGUGCCAUAGGCCGGAAAACAAGACAACCCUCCAAGGUAUACUGCACUGAUCUACCUUCAGGCACUUUGUACAUCACAAGCAAUGUUUCAACUUUUUCUCUGCCAUCAUGCACCCUGAUCAUCAGGGACAGAGUUCCUAACCAGACCUUGGGACAGAGUUCCUAACCAGACCUUGGAUAUGAUACUACACCAGUUCAGACCCGCCAGUGUUUUCAGAUUCAGAAGUUGCUACACAGGUGAUGUUGUUGCUUCUGAUGUCACACAUUGCGGUGAUGCUUAUUGUUGAAGUGGGUGGGGUCUAAGUCUGACAAGCUGCUUAUUGUGUGGAAGAUGUCUCUGCCCACAGAUGGGAAAAUACUCAGAAAUAGAAAAUCUGGAGAACUCCUGGGCAGCGUGAUGUUUCUUCACUGGCUCCAAACGGCUCAGUAACGUAACGUCUUUUUUCCGUGUUUGGCGGCAGCAGUUUGUCAGGUUUUAUGCGAUUGCCCUUUGUGCUGUUUUGCGUGUGCGUUGGUGGAUUGUGCACUUUCUGAUUUUCGUUCACACUCUGAAAACAGACAUCUGCCAACUGUCAAACUGUUAUUGUGAAUCAAGUCUAUAUUAUUUAAAAACAAAAUGUAUAUUUGGAAUCUUUAAAUCACUAAAAUUUGUUUGUUUGAGUGCAUCCUGUAGCCCUGAAAAGCUGCUCUGCAAAGCUCCUACAUGGAGGACAGUUCUGCAGCUCGAGCUGGACUCUGGAGCAGAUCCAGCCUUCAGGACUACAGGAGCCAUUCAGUGCAGUAUUCCUGAACACCAAGUCUGAUUGUUUCUGUCUGUGUCAACACAUCGAAAAAUAAACUGACUGCAAACAA